UUUUCAAACCUUUGUGACUUGUGCCACUGUUCUGACAGCAGAACAAAUCCAUUACUACCUUGCAAGAAGGAGAGGAGACAUCUGCCAGUCAGUCAUGAACGACUGAAAGGAGCUUGGCAUUUCUAGGAAUAAACCAUGGAAUGCCAAUGCAUCUUGCCAGCUUUAUAGGUCUAAUUGUAUCACAGACAACUAAUCCUCAGCUCAGCUAUCUUCAGCAUCAAAGCAGAUUUCCUAUUUGUUUUCAAAGAGAAGGUAUAACAAGAAGCAACCAGUUUUCAGAAGUCUCAUCAAAUACACAGAAUUUGUAUUCCAAUUAUGGGAGAUCUUCAAAAAGCUCUUGAGAGAGGAGAAUAUAUUCCUUUGAGAGCUCCUGUGUUUGAGAGCAAUUUUAUUCAGGUCAACAAAAGAGGUGAAUCAAUUUACCUUCACAACCGCCCCAACUAUGUAACUAUGGGCAUUUGUGCCUCCAGCCCAGAACUGCAUUUGCCAAAUGUGAUGUUGCUGGCACAUUCAACUCCUCCAUCCUCUCAGGAAAAUAUUUCAACCCGUCCAGCAAGAUCAAAGCACGUAGGCUCUGAAGACAAACUUGUACUUACCAGGUACCUGUCCUUGAAGUUGGUAGACCUUUCUGUUCACUCUGUUGAGGAGAGACGCCUCAAGCUAAGGCUGGUGAAUGGCUGUGCCUACUACCUAGCACUAUGUGCUCCACCAGAGAAGCAGACUCGUCUCUUCCAUCAGUGGAUGCAGCUCAUUGAUCGAUUGAAAUCUCAUUCUCCAUGUAAGGAAUUUGAAACCCAACAGGAAAACAAAGCCAUCAUGAACACAACACUGAAGGAAAACAAAAAUGCAAUAGAAACUGCCAUAAACCAACAAGCCAAGAAAGAACGAACAAAAACGCAAAUCAUUAAGAAAGCAUCUUCCAAGCAUGUCACUAUUUCUGACAUAGUGAUUCCUAUUGAAAAAGUUCAAGACACCCAAAGCCAACUCUAUGUCUCUAUGAAAGCUAGUGUACAUUCAAAGAAACAAGAUGUGUCUGGUAAAGAAUUAUCCAAGAAGACUGUCACAAAAAGUAAAUCAAGAGAACGAGGAUUCUUUUCCAUUUCAGAAAAAAGACUCCAAAGUUCAGCUAUUUCUGGUUUAGCUGCCCUCUUCUUGAUUAACCUUUCUUUCUCUCUUCUGCUCUAAAACAUGUCAUCGUGUUUUGUUUUAAACUCUUUUCUCUUUCUUUAUUGUCUCCUUUCCUGGGCUGUAUUUCCUCAUGUUCCUCCUGUUUCUUUACAGGAAUCCUAAAGAUGGUCAGUAAAACUGGAAUACCUUAUUACAAGUAAAAAUGAAAAAUGGAUUCUCACACAAUAUGAAAUGUGACUAAAAUGUCAAGAUAUCAAGGGAAAGUGAAGAAAAAAGGGUGUUCUGAUGAGAGACAAGACAUAAAUCUUGAAUAUGUAGUAAUGUUCUAUUCCAAUAUCAAAGCAUUAAACAUUCCUGAAACAUA